AUGGGGAUCCUCACCCAGCUGCUGUGGGCCUCCACGGAGCAGUUCCUCGAGACACCACCACCACCUCCCCCUCCCCCGGUGUCUCCUACUCCUUCACAGCCGCUUAGGAAGGUUUCUCCUGGUUGUGAAGGGAGAGGUUCCUGGUCCGGCCAGCGUGGCUCAGCAGCAGGAGGAGUCCUUCCUUCCACUGAACCCACGGUGGUUUACUGUCUGACGUGGUGGACGUCCCAUCUCCUCCAGCGCGCAAGAAGGCGGCCUCCCCAGCGGCAGCCAGGCAUCAUAGGACCACGGAGAGACGCCCCCCCCCCCCGCCACCAGUCUCCUGUGAACAACGUUGGAUCCCCUCCAGCCACGCUGUCACGGAGACUGGAGGACGACGGCCCCUCCAGCCCGGUUCCUCUGUCCAGGACCACGGAUGGAACACCCCCCCGCACCCAAACUUCAGUGACCAACCUGGUUGGAUCCCCUCCAGUCAGGCUGUCCUGUAGUUUGGGUGUUCCGGCGACCCCCUGCUGUUCACCGGUUGCGAAGAUGGCCAGGCUGAAGACCCCUUCACCGGCUGGACUGUCCCAGACCAUUAAAGCUGCAGCCUAUCACUCUCCUCGCCCAGCUAAGUUCACAAAUACUGCCUGGACACCUUCAUCGACCUGCUGGCCCUGGAUCAUCGAUGAUGGACUCUCCACCUCUCAUUCCCCUUCCAAAGAGGUGCCAGUUAGUGCUAGUAUUAGGGCUAGUCAUAGUCAGAGUGACAUGAGGUACAGGAAGUUCUCCAGGAACCACCAGUGUACCUGCAUGUCCCUGACUUUUCUGGCCUAUCAGAACGAGGGCUGUCAGUUCAACACUGCUGCCCUCGAUAGAGUGCUGGCAAAGGGAGAUUCACUUUAUGUAGGUGUAAAACAACAGCUUAUCUGGGAAAAAAGAUUCCGCAGUGACCAUCUUGCUGUGUAAGAACUGCCCAAACAAGUCCUGACUGACACAGAUGUGUGCAACGUCCACAUGCCUGAAAUCAGGUGUGGAAGCCAGGCUUGGUAUCUGCCCCUUGCAAAACAGUUAGAGUGUCUGUCAGGUGAAGUUAAUCUGGCUUUAAUCAUAGUAAGUCCAGAGUGUAUUGCAGUUUUCCGUGACCAAUCAGGCAGGUAUGGUGGGUUUGAUUCACACUCACGAAAUGUGAUGGGCUUACCUCACCCCCAUGGAACUGCAAUUAUGAAGACCUUCUCGGAAAUCAGUGACCACCUGCACAAACUCUUUGCAAAUCGUGGACCUUCUGCCAGUUAUGAGUUUGUUCCGGUGUCAUUUGAAGCCAUUGGUUCUAGAGAACGCCCUCAGGCAUCUCUGGCACACAGUGUAUCCAGAACAGCUCUCCCACCAGCAGCAGAGCAUGUCCAUAAGACGGCUCCUGCACCACCAGCAGCAGGGCGUGUCCAUA